UAUAGACAAACACUAAUCAUAUGGCAAAGACCAUGCGUUUGUUCUCAAUUGUUUUUCUUCUCCUUUUGUUGCUACUACUCAAUGAUAUGGAUUCAAAAAUGGUGAUGGCGCAGAGAGGAGGAGGAGGCCGAGGUGAAGGCGGCGGUGAAGGCAGGGGUGGAGGCGGAGGUGAAGGUGGCGGAGAAGGUCGGGGUGGAGGCGGGGGUGGAGGAGAAGGUGGAGGUGGAGAAGGUGGCGGGGGAGAAGGUGGCGGUGGAGGCGGGGGAGAAGGUGGAGGAGGAGGCGGGGGAGAAGGUGGAGGCGGAGGCGGCGGGGAAGGUGGAGGCGGUGGAAGAGGAAGGAAGUGUCUGAUUCUAAGCCAUAAGUUUAGAGGAAAGUGCUUCAACCCUCAUAAUUGUGCUGUGGCUUGCAAAUAUGAAGGUUUUAUGGGUGGUAGGUGCAGAGGGUUCCGUCAUCGCUGCUUUUGCUUUAAAAGAUGUACUUAAUUACUUAUAAUCAUACUCAUAAAACAAUUAAGAUUA